GCGGCAGAUGUACGGAAUUGGGUUAAUGGACCUAGCCCUGAUGAUUUCACAAGCUCUGAUAUGAGCCUUAACGCAGUGAACGGUACUCGGCUGCCUAACAUACAGCCAAUACCCAGGCGUCGAGAGACGCUGAUCUCAAACAAGAAAGCCAUGGAUAUAUAUCUGGCAGGGACCACAGGCGGAUAAUAAUAAUAAAAUAUAAGCCCACUAAUAACUAUGUAAUUAGAUUUCAACAACUAAAUAAAAACAUAUCUAGAUUCUAGAACUUUCAAAUUCUGCUUAUCAGACUAAAUCAGAGCAACCAGACAUUGUGUGGGAGAGCAAUAUGUUUACGAGUGGAGUGUGUGGGUGUGGUUGCCGGGCCCUUUCCUCACGCCCAUUCUUUUACGUUUUCAAAACAGAACUGUAUGGACGCGAGCCUCGCAAGAAUAUUGAUUGCGUGCUCGUUCCGGACAGUGUCGGACGAAGCAGCGCUGGUCAUCGCCGGGAAAGUCCCACUCAGGGAGCUGGUAAGGGAGAAACAAGAAAUCCGUACCGCCGUGCAGGGCGGAAGCGAGGCGACAAAAGCCGAGCUGAAGGCUACCGCAAGGAGGAACAGCAUCAAUAGAUGGCAGGUAGAUUUCUACCUCACCCAAGCGCUUAGUGGACACGGCUGCUUUCGCAGCUACCUCAAGCGCUUCGGCCAUGAGACGGAGGACUGGUGCCCAGCGUGCGGCAACGGCAUAGUGGAGGACGCACAGCACGUCUUCUUCGAAUGCCACAGGUUUGAUCACGAGCGUCUCGGCCUGGAGGCAGAAGUAGGCGCCAGGAUCUCCACCGGGACCUUGGUGCCGACCAUUCUGGCCGAGCCAAGGGCAUGGGAAGCACGUAAACAAAGGGGGGGCGUGGGGUCUAAAUUCUCUUAUCCUUUACCAGGCCGUCAGCUUUUUGAAGACCGACUCCUGGUCUAGGCAUUACAGGCAUUUAGGUAGAAUUUUGUAACUUGUAGUUGAGGCUUGAACAACAAACAAUUCUUUUCUUUCGCUUCACAAAAAAAAAAAACGGCACAAACGAGGAGGAACGGUGGAAAGGAUAGCCUAAAAGAGAAUUGAGAUACUAUCGCAGCAUUUGAUCCUUAUGCAUAGAAUAGUCUGCCGGGACUCAGUCAUUAUACAUACACAUACAGAUACAGACAUACAGUCACAUACAGAUGUAUGUUUACAGAUGUAUGUGUGAUGUAACAGCAACAGUAGCUUUUAGCAGCCACAUUCCUCAUAUCCGAGCACAGAACGAGGCAUGUGGUCGAGCGAGUGAGAAUGAGCAUGCAUUGUCUAGCUGUUUGAGGCGGUGUGCGUUGUCCGCUUAAAACGAAUUUCGACAUUCUGGCUAUAAUAAUGAUCUAAUCUGGCCCUUAUUCGGGGAUCUGAUAGACAUGGCCAUUCUCUACGCAACUGCUUUUUAGUUUUCUCGUAUCUACAUUUACAUUUUAAAAUCACUUCUCACACCAAACGCCCUUUUAGCAGCCAUUUCCUCAUAUCCGAGCACAGAAAGAGGCAUGUGGUCGAGGGAGUGAGAAUAAGCAUACAUUGACUGGCUUCUGGAUGCGGUGUCCACUUAAAAUUAAUUUUGACAUUCUGGCUAUAAUAAUGAUCCAAUGUAGGUUUUAUUCGGGGAUCUGAUAGACAUUCUUUGCGGAACUACGGAAAUUUGUAGAUGUCGACGAUUUUCGCACCUUGUGGUGGCGGAAGGGUGCGAUAUUAUACACUUAUAACCAUUUGAUGUUACAAAUUCCAGGAUGCAAAGGCCGCUCUACCUCUUAUAGUGUACUAGGCGAAAAAGAAGACCGGCAGGUGGACAAAUAUACAUUGUUUCUUUGGUUUUUUGUUUUUAAGCGGGAAAUUGAGUCAGUAUGACCGCGGAAUAAUCUAUGAAAUAUACCACAAAGCUCUAAAAAUAUACCAAAAUAUACCU